AUGUUGGCGAAAAGGUUCGGUCCACCGGUGGACGGAUUACGGCACAAGGUUUUGCAGGAGGAAUCCGUCCACCGGUGGAUUGUUGGCGAAAAGGUUCGGUCCACCGGUGGACGGAUUACUGGACAAGGACGCAAGAGGAAUCCGUCCGCCGGUGGACGGAUUGCCUUCCAAUGUUGGCGAAAAAGUUCGGUCCACCGGUGGACGGAUUACGCAAGAGGAAUCCGUCCGCCGGUGGACGGAUUGCCUUCCAAUGUUGGCGAAAAAGUUCGGUCCACCGGUGGACGGAUUACGCAAGAGGAAUUCGUCCGAAGGUGGACGGAUUGCCUUCCAAUGUCGGCGAAAAGGUUCGGUCCACCGGUGGACGGAUUACGGCACAAGGUUUUGCAAGAGGAAUCCGUCCGCCGGUGGACGGAUUGCCUUCCAAUGUUGGCGAAAAAGAUUGGUCCACCGGUGGACGGAUUACUGGACAAGGACGCAAGAGGAAUCCGUCCGCCGGUGGACGGAUUGCCUUCCAAUGUUGGCGAAAAGGUUCGGUCCACCGGUGGACGGAUUACGGCACAAGGUUUUGCAAGAGGAAUCCGUCCGCCGGUGGACGGAUUGCCUUCCAAUGUUGGCGAAAAAGAUUGGUCCACCGAUGGACGGAUUACUGGACAAGGACGCAAGAGGAAUCCGUCCGCCGGUGGACGGAUUGCCUUCCAAUGUUGGCGAAAAGGUUCGGUCCACCGGUGGACGGAUUACGGCACAAGGUUUUGCAAGAGGAAUCCGUCCACCGGUGGACGGAUUGCCUUCCAAUGUUGUCGAAAAAGUCGGAUUACUGGACAAGGACGCAAGAGGAAUCCGUCCGCCGGAUUAGCAAGAGGAAUAUUUCCACCGGUGGACAGAACCUCACUUUCCGAAGACCUUUUCGUUUCCAGCCUUGGGCCGGACUGGCCGGAACGAUAACAUCGCCGCAUCACAGGUGUGCGACGGGGUUCGCUGAACCUCCCGUCCUUUCGUAUUAUUUUUAUCACCAUCUGCGAUGGAUCCCUUGUCCCUACCAAGAACGCGUUCCGGACUCCCUACCAAGUACGCGUUCUGGACUCGACCACCCUCAAACUGGUAAAACUUAUUCUUGAUUAAGCUUAUCUGUAACUAACCUUUUUUUUAGGUCAACUCGGACAUUCCCGGAAUCCCGGAAAAAACAUCCGGACGCUAUCUGGCAGCCGUGUUGGGGCUGUACACGAUUAAUCUGGAAGAUCCGAGCUAUGAUCUGAAGCUGGUGGGAAGUUAGACAAGUGCGCACCGGUCCCACAAGGUCGUGUGGAGUCGGCUGGAUUUUGGUACGGCCACGACCACGAACCCGAACGGAGUCAUUGUCGGUGGUUGCGAAGGUGGCGUCAUCCAGGUUUACAGCGCUUCGAAGCUGUUGGCCGGGGAGAACGCGCUGAUGGUCCAGCAGGUCAAACACAACGGAGCGGUGCGCAGUAUGGACUUCAAUCCGUACCAGAAUUAACUGUUGGCCUCGGGAGCGUCGGAGUCGGAAAUCUACAUCUGGGAUCUGAACAACACGGCGGCGUCGAUGACCCCAGCAACGAAGGCGCAACCGUUUGAGGAUGUUCAGGGUCUCGCGUGAACUCACAGAAAUGACUCAGCCAUGGCGGAUUGGGAGCGGAGCCGGUCCAAAUUCGUACUACGAGGCGGCCACCGUGCAGCAGCGACAACACCACAGCGAAGAAAUGUACCAAAAACCUGGCAGCAGUACGGCGCGCAAGAAAUCCUACCAAACCUCGCUGAUCCGGUGUCUGGACUUUCUGGAUCGUGAUCGGGUACGCCGACGGGCGGCUCGAGUUCUGGGACGGCACCACCGGCAACUUGAAGGGCAUUCACGAGACGGAGUACACCCGCAAGAACGGGGUCACCAACAUCAAGCUGACCGGGGACAAGGUGGUGGCGGCCCGGCUCAGCGACCGCAUCGACUUCCU